UCCGCCCAGCCCGCGGCUCCCGGCUGUCCUGGAGAUUGCCUUCUGCUGCAGCUGGUGGACCGACCCUGGCUGGGAGCGGCGUGGGGGCUCAGAGUAGGUGGGCGCCGAGGGCCCAGCGCACCAGGGAAGCCGAGGUCGUGGGGCCGGCGCUUUCUUCCGUCUCCUGCCGCACUCCUGGGGCGGGUGGCGUUCCCUGGGCGGAAGAGAAGGUGAGCGCCGGAACGUGGCCGCAGCGCUCAGCUCUAAAGCAAGUAUUUAACCUGAGAACGGGACCUCUCGAUGGAGGCACUAGAAGAGAACGGAGGUUUCUGGUAGCUUCGUGUGCACGCCACAAGCACAGCUGGCGGGCGUUAAUAGCUACCCACCUGUAUCUAUCACAUCCCUUGCUUCGCGUUCUUGGGAUAAAGGCAGGCGGGAAAAGCUUGGGGAGGAAAGUUGCCAGGGAUGAAAGUGGGGAGAAUUAGGGAGAGCCGAGAGUCGGUUAAGUAGGAAGACUGAACCAGGAAUAGAUAAGUGGGACUCAGUCUCUGCCUACCCUCCCAUGAGACAGUGACCUUAGGCUUUUUCUACCGCUGAGUUUCAGCCACGUGUCCUGAGCGACGCCAGACUUUUACUUGUUACAAAUUGAUGGAUUUUCCAUCUCUCAACUAACAGUAUUGGAGCUGUAAAAUCAUCAGAUUUGAAACAAAUCUUUAUUUAUGAAGAGUGACUGCAUGCAAACCACAACAUGUCAAGAAAGAAAAAAAGAUCCAAUAGAAAUGCUUCAUUCUGGGCAGCUGGUAAAAGUCUGCGCCCCAAUGGUGCGAUAUUCAAAGUUGGCUUUUAGAACACUGGUAAGAAAAUACAGUUGCGAUCUGUGCUAUACGCCAAUGAUAGUUGCUGCUGAUUUUAUCAGAUCUAUAAAAGCCAGAGACAGUGAAUUUACCACAAACCAAGGUGAUUGCCCAUUGAUUGUUCAGUUUGCUGCUAAUGAUGCAAGAAUUUUAUCUGAUGCUGCUCGUAUAGUCUGUCCUUAUGCGAAUGGAAUAGACAUUAACUGUGGUUGUCCUCAGAGGUGGGCAUUGGCAGAAGGUUAUGGAGCUUGCUUAAUAAACAAUCCAGAGCUUGUUCGAGACAUGGUGAAACAAGUAAGAAAUCAAGUGGAAAACCCCAGAUUUUCAGUAUCUAUUAAAAUAAGGAUCCAUGAUGACCUUACAAGAACUGUAGAUCUUUGUCGAAAGGCUGAAGCGACAGGGGUUUCCUGGAUUACAGUCCAUGGAAGAACUGUUGAAGAAAGACAUCAGCCAGUUCACUAUGAGGCCAUUAAAAUAAUUAAGGAAAGUAUGUCUAUACCUGUAAUUGCUAAUGGAGACAUCAGAAGCUUAAAAGAAGCAGAAAAUGUGUGGCAUAUUACUGGGACAGAUGGUGUGAUGGUUGCAAGAGGACUCUUAGCCAACCCGGCCAUAUUUGCUGGAUAUGAGGAAACCCCACUGAAAUGCAUCUGGGACUGGGUUGACAUUGCUCUUGAACUUGGAACUCCUUAUAUGUGUUUCCAUCAACAUUUAAUGUACAUGAUGGAAAAGAUAACUUCGAGGCAGGAAAAAAGAAUAUUUAAUGCUUUGUCAAGCACAUCAGCAGUCUUAGAUUACCUUACAGACCAUUAUGGGAUUGACUGGACUUCCUAAAUUAUUUUCUAUCUUUAGUGAAACCACCCAGGGUCACAUCUUGGUUUUCACUUUGAAUCAGUGGCUCUCAAACAUUAGUAUAAAAACAAUGCCCUGACAGAAUUUUUAUAAGUCAUUCCUAGACCAUAUCCUCAGAGAUUCUGAUUCAGUAAAUCUCUAGGGUGGACCCAAAAUUUAGUUUUAAAGAAGACCCCAGGUGGUUCAAACAUUGACAAACAUUGCUCUGAAUCCUAUUAUGGAUUUAAAACUGUAAGAAUUUUUUUCUUAAAG